CUCUCUCGUCUCUGGCGCUCACAACUUUCAAGUUUUCUUUUUUCUCUCUCUCUCUCUCUCUCUUUCUCUCUCGAGCUUCGCAUUACCAUUUCUCUCUCACACACCCCGCAUGCGAGUCUUUCACCUGAAGUUGCAGCCACAGUUUCGUACUACCUGAGCUCAGCCUCCGCCACGUGUACCAAAACGCCAUACAAUGACUGUGUUCUCCGGGAAACAGGUUUUUCCGGUGGACUACGAGGCCGAAGUCUCGCAACGCCUUCUAGAAGCUUCGCUCUCCGGCGAUCUGAAGUCGGCGUUGGAGCUCAUCGCCGAUCCGUAUGUCGACGUUAACUUCGUCGGCGCCGUGUGCCUGAAGAGCAGGAAGGCCGAGGUGAUACCGUGCGAUGAAUCGGCGAGUCAGGUCCGAGUCGAGUACAACGAGUUCAAGACUGACGUCACCGCCUUGUUCCUCGCCGUACACUCCGGCAACGUCUCCCUCGUGAAGAAGCUACUGAGCAUUGGAGCUGAUGUGAAUCAGAAACUCUUCAGGGGCUUUGCGACAACAGCAGCAGUGAGGGAGGGCUACCUUGAGAUUCUUGAUAUCUUACUUAGAGCUGGGGCAUCACAGCCAGCUUGUGAAGAGGCUGUGCUGGAGGCUAGCUGUCAUGGUCAUGCAAGGCUUGUGGAGCUGCUUAUGGGCUCUGAUCUGAUCCGGCCCCAUAUUGCUGUGCGUGCUUUUGUCACAGCAUGCUGCAGUGGGUUUGUGGAUGUAGUAGACACUCUCAUGAAGUGUGGUGUGGAUGCCAGUGCAGCUGACCGGGUCCUGCUUCAGUCAUCUAAGCCUUCUGUUCACAUGAAUGUUGACUGUACUGCACUUGCUGCUGCUGUGGUUAGUAGGCAGGCCCCCAUCGUCCGUUUGCUACUCCAGGCUGGAGCUAGGACGGACAUCAAAGUGAAGUUGGGUGCAUGGUCUUGGGACAUGGCAACAGGGGAAGAAUUUCGAGUAGGUGCAGGGUUGGCAGAGCCUUACGCCAUCACCUGGUGUGCAGUGGAGUAUUUUGAAGUGAGUGGUGAAAUUCUGCGCAUGCUCCUACAACAAAACUCUUCUGAUUUUCCUCAUUAUGGAAGAACCCUCCUUCACCACGCUAUCCUAUGUGGCAAUGAAGAAGCUGUUAAGGUGCUCUUAAGUUGUGGUUCCAAUGUAGAAUGCCUUGUUAAGACAACCAAGAAAAUUGAGUUUCGCCCUAUACACAUGGCUGCUCGUCUUGGAUUAUCAACCAUUCUUCAAUGCCUAAUUGACUCUGGUUGUGAUCUAAACUCAAAAACAGAUUGUGGUGACACGGCCUUGAUGAUCUGUGCAAAAUAUAAGCAUCAAGAGUGUCUCAGAGUGUUGGCCAAGGCUGGUGCUGACUUUGGCUUGGUCAAUGUUGUUGGUCAGUCUGCAAGUUUAAUUGCUGGAUCAAACCAGUGGUCCCUUGGUUUUCAACAAGCAGUAUUAGAUGUAAUCAAAACUCGAAAGAUACCAAGAUCCAGAAGUAUGUCUGUUUUCUGUCCACUAAUAUUUGCAGCCCAAACUGGUGAUGUUCAGGCUUUGGAAAUUCUGAUCAGUUGGGGAGGAUUUAAUCUUGAUUAUCAGGACGAAAAUGGUUUGUCAGCAGUCAUGAUUACUGCUCUGAAGGGUCAUGUUGAAGCAUUCAGGUUGCUGGUCUAUGCAGGGGCUGAUGUAAAGCUGCACAACAAAUCUGGCGAAACUGCAAUCACCUUAUCUGAGUUAAAUCAGAAUCACGACUUGUUUGAGAAGGUCAUGCUAGAAUUUGCUCUUGAAAAGGGUAAUCGCAAUGCAGGAGGGUUCUAUGCUUUACAUUAUGCUGCUCGACGUGGUGACUUGGAUGUGGUUAGAUUGCUUACCAGCAGAGGCUAUGAUGUAAAUGUCCCUGAUGGGGAUGGUUACACUCCACUCAUGUUAGCUGCCAAGGAAGGCCAUGGUUCAAUGUGUGAGCUCUUGAUCUCACAUGGGGCCAAUUGCGAUAUUAAGAAUGCUAGAGGUGAAACUGCCCUCUCACUUGCAAGGAAAAUCGUUGGCAGGAAAAAUGAUGCAGAGAGUGUGUUACUAGACGAGCUUGCGCGCAAGUUAGUAUUGGGUGGUGCCCAAGUACAAAAGCACACUAAGGGAGGCAAAGGAAGUCCACAUGAAAAGGAGAUGAGAAUGGUGGGGUCUUCAGGGGUGUUGCAAUGGGGAAAGUCAAGCCAGAGAAAUGUGAUUUGUCGGGAUGCAGAGGUCGGGCCUAGUCAUGCCUUUAGGAAGAAUAGGAAGAGUAAGGGUGACGCCGACGAACCUGGUAUUUUUAGGGUGGUGACUACCAAGAACAAGGAGGUGCAUUUUGUGUGCAAGGGUGGGUAUGAAACAGCUGAACUUUGGGUGAGGGGUAUAAAGCUUGUGACCAAAGAGGUUAUUUUUGGUAAGCGGAAGGAAACAUAGUUUGAAGUAGGCAGUAUGUAUAGAUGUUUGGAGGAAUACUUCAUCUCGAAGUAUGUUAAAUCCUGUUUUUAAAUUGUAAAGGUUUUGGUACCCAGUAGUUGUAAAUUAGUUCACCUUUCUCAAGUGAAAAUUUGUUACAUUUUGAGCCA